AACAAUCAGGUCAAACCGUCAAAGUCAUAUUGUAUUUAAGUAAGUAGUCGGUAAGAAAAUUUGAAACGCACAAAUAAUAAAAAGGAACCAAAUCAAUUUUCAAUGAUAUGAUAUGGUAUGGUUAAUAAUGAAUGAAGUAGCCAUGAAGUUUCCCUGAAAAUUUCGUUCCUCUUUCCUUAAUUAUUAUGACACUUCAGGAAAUAUAUAGAAGUGUUUCGUUCAGCAAUAAUUCAGACCAACCAUUCAAAGUAUUGGUCUCGUCAUUUUUUAAUCUCUCUUUCUCGAUCUAUGUUUAUUAUUUGAGAGUGGAAUUAAUAAUUAGAAAUAAAAUAAAAAAAAAAAUGGCAGGGAUGCUACCAGGAGUAGAAGCAGCAAGAAGAAGGAGAGUUCAUCAAAGCAGUAGCAUUAAUAAUAGCAGUUGUUCAUCUCCCUCCUCGAGACGCCUUUCUUUCUCACUAUUCUCCACAAAUACCUCUACCACCUCUGCCUCUACUUUCUUGGGGCAUACGACAAGAAGCAGGACAUCAUACGAAGAUGUUGAUGAUGAUGAAGACGACGCAAAGUUAGGAGCUUUGGCUAGAGAAGCCAAGGUUAGACUUGAUGCCAAGCUCAGAUCAACACCCCUCAAAUCUACCAGGAAUAAUAACAGAAUAGGAAGAUUCCUGAACAAUGAAAAUGAAGUGACAAGAAAGAAGAAGAAGAAGAAGAAUGGAAAGCUUAGUUGGAACUGGAAAUCAGGGGACCAAUUAGAAUUACAAGAUAAAAAUAAAAAUGGAGAAUGUGCAGUAUGCUUGGAUGAAAUGAAAGAGGGUGAUGACAUAAUGAAUUUAGAAUGCGAUCAUAGUUUUCAUUCAAAAUGUUUGAUGCCUUGGCUUCAAACCCCUGUUGCAGGUUCAGUAUCCAACACCUUUAAACUUCAUUUUUCUCACUCUUUCUAUGUCAGAUCAUUCAUUACAAUGUUCAUCGGCUUGCUUAUUACCAUUUACCAACUAGUAUGUAAUGUAAAUACAAGCAAGAUCGAGGUUUUCCAGGCCAGUUGCCAACCCAUAUCAUGUGUUUUAUUCUCACCUACCCUCUCUCUUUUUUAUCCUUUCUUAUUAAGUGCUCAUUUAAUUUACGUAACAAUGACUGAGAAAUUUCCAAUUAAUUAUCUACACCGUAGCUCUUAAAACUUUGUGCAACAAAGUAAAACUUCUUGUCAUUAUUUUCUCAACUACAAUCAAUUUAAUAUGAACAAACAUACAAUUGAAGAUUCGAGAUCUUCCUACAAUUUGUUAUUUAACAUACAAAUUCGAAUUAUAUGAUUGAAUAUGAAGCGACUAAGUCAAAUCGACAAUUCUCACAAGAAUUCACAUUGUCAAAAUUUCCACCAAUAACUUUUAUUUCUUCCAUAAAACAAUAAUAAUAAUACCAACAAAGACCUUAACAUAAUAAUCCCAAUCAAUGCA